CCCCCAGGCCACGCUCUAGGGGCGGGACUCAGGGCGGUUUGAAAGGUCGGCGCGCACCGCAAGAGCUGCUGUCGGCCUUGCCGCUCAGAUGUCGGUGUUGAGGCCACUGGAUAAGCUGCCCAGGCUGAACACGGCCACCAUUUUGCUGGUGGGCACGGAGGAUGCUCUUCUGCAGCAGCUGGCGGACUCAAUGCUCAAGGAGGACUGCGCCUCCGAGCUGAAGGUCCACUUGGCAAAGUCCCUCCCUUUGCCCUCCAGUGUGAAUCGGCCCCGAAUUGACCUGAUCGUGUUUGUUGUUAAUCUUCACAGCAAAUACAGCCUCCAGAACACAGAGGAGUCCCUGCACCAUGUGGAUGCUAGCUUCUUCUUGGGGAAGGUGUGUUUCCUCGCCACAGGCGCUGGACGGGAGAGCCACUGCAGCAUUCACCGGCACACCAUGGUGAAGCUGGCCCACACCUACCAGAGCCCCCUGCUCUACUGUGACCUGGAGGUGGAAGGCUUUCGGGCCACCAUGGCACAGCGCCUGGUGCGCAUGCUGCAGAUGUGCGCCGGCCACGUGCCUGGUGUCUCGGCUCUGAACCUGCUGUCCCUGCUGAGAAGCUCUGAGGGCCCCUCACUGGAGGACAUGUGAGGGCAGCUGGCCCUGGGCUGCUCCUCCCCAUGGCUUCUUGCUGACUCCAUACACAUUCUCUGUUGAGGAUGUUGAGGGCUUGACAGCCCCAGCUCAGCCCUCAGUGGUUGGUUCCCUGUAGUGCCCAUACUCUAGCAGGGAGAGCUGGGCAGAAGCAGCAAGGGGCCCAGCUGAUGGGACUCCAGCCCCCUCCCACUCCCACGCUCACUCUCGAAGAUUCUUGUGUCUUUAAGUAGCUGGUGUGUUACAUCUCCAUUUAAGGUUUCCUUUGAACAAAAGGUCUGUGGCUAAAAAAAGUUUAAAAAUCAC